UUGCAGUAGAACUUUAACCUUAAAAAUAUUUAAACCGUAGCAUGUUCACACGUGUCGGGAUCGAAUUUAUUAUUUACAUUCUAUAGUUUUUUAAAUUUAAUUAUUAAUUGAUAAACAAAGGAAAUGGGACGUAAAGCUAAAUAUGGCGAAGCCGCUACUCCUAAAGGACCAGGAAGAAAAGCUAGGAAACAAGGGGAUCCCGUAUUACCACGUUAUUUGCAAGCCGAGAAAAAAGAAAAAUCAAACCCGCGAGCAAAAAGAAGGUCUGAUUCUAUGAAAAGAAAACCAAAAAAAGGUGGAAAAUUUCACAAAGACGGUCCUGCAUUUAAAAAACAGAAAGUUGCUGUUAAAACUGAGUCUGAGGAUGAAUCUGAUCCGGAGUACGCUUCUGAAGAAGAAAACCAGAUGAAUGGUGAAGCGAAACCGGGAUCAUUCGUUAGGCAGAAGCGUGAUAUUUUAGCUGAUGGUUCUGAUGGUGAAGCUGAUGGAACUGAAGAUGAAGAAGCUAACGAAGGAACUGAUGGAAAUGACGAAAAUGAUAGUGACGAAGGUGGAGACGAUGAUGACGAUGAUGAUGAUAACGACGACGAUUUACUUCCCAUUGAACGUGAAAGCAAAAGACUACAAAAGGAACAGGAAGAGGAAAAAAAACUAGAUGAGGCAGAAACAGACGAAAUGGUCCGUCAGUGCGUCUUUGAAUUUCCAUCUGAAGAAGAAUUAAAAGAGCCAAUAAGUUUGAAAGACAUUCAAACCCGUAUCCGUGACAUAGUGAUGGUACUAAACGACUUCAAACGUCUCCGAGAUCCAAAUCAUGCCCGUAGCGAGUACUUGGAGCUUCUCAAGUCCGAUUUAUGCUCUUACUACAGUUACAAUGAAUUUUUAAUUAACUUACUCAUGCAAAUAUUCCCUCUGGGUGAGCUUAUCGACUACCUGGAAGCCAGUGAAGUCCAGCGACCUCUGACACUGCGUACAAAUACAUUGAAAACACGCAGACGUGACUUGGCCCAGGCUUUGAUUAAUCGUGGCGUCAAUCUAGACCCUCUAGACAAGUGGACCAAGGUCGGUUUAGUUGUCUAUUCAUCACAAGUACCAAUGGGUGCUACACCAGAGUACUUGGCUGGACACUACGUACUCCAAGGAGCUUCGAGUCUAUUGCCAGUUAUGGCGCUAGAUCCCCAAGAAAAUGAACGGAUACUUGACAUGUCUGCAGCACCAGGUGGCAAAGCUUCUCACAUUGCAGCGCAGAUGAAAAAUACUGGCGUUCUUUUUGCUAAUGAUGUUAACUCUGAUCGUUUGAAAGCUGUUGUUGGUAACUUCCAUAGACUGGGAAUUGUCAAUUCCGUGAUUACGAAUUACGAUGGUAGAAAAAUUCCUGGAAUUAUCAAAGGAUUUGAUCGUGUGCUGCUGGAUGCACCUUGUACUGGUACUGGAGUUGUAGCUAAAGACCCAAGUGUCAAGACAAAUAAAGACCAAGCUGACAUUCAACGCUGCUGUACUCUGCAGAGAGAAUUACUGUUGGCUGCGAUUGAUUGCGUCAAUGCUAAAUCUAAAGCUGCGGUUAUUGUUUACUCUACAUGUUCGAUUUUGCCUGAGGAAAAUGAAUGGAUUGUUGAUUAUGCUCUGAAGAAACGUAAUGUCAAGUUAGUGCCAACUGGUUCGGACUUUGGGGAAGAAGGUUUCGUUAAUUAUAGACACCAUCGCUUCCACCCCUCGUUGAAACUUACGAGAAGAUAUUAUCCGCAUACGCACAAUGUCGAUGGAUUUUUUGUUGCUAAAUUGAAAAAGUUUUCUAACGCCAUCCCGAUGAAAAGUAAAGAAGAUAAAGGUGAUAAAGAAGAAGAAGAUAUGGAAGUAGAUGAGCAGGAAGUUCAAGUGACGAAGAAGGAUGAAAAGGUUGAGGGGAAGAAAAGUAAAAAUAAAACAAAAAAAACGGAAGGGGAUGAGCAGAAAGUUCAAGUGACGAAGAAGAAUAUAAAGAUUGAAGGGAAGAAAAGUAAAAAUAAAACAAAAGAUACGGAAGUGGAUGAGCAGGAAGUUCAAGUGACGAAGAAGAAUGUAAAGAUUGAAGGGAAGAAAAGUAAAAAUAAAAAAAAAAAUACGGAAGUGGAUGAGCAGGAAGUUCAAGUGACGAAGAAGAAUGAAAAAGUUAAAGGGAAGAAAAAGAAAAAUAAAAUUCUGAACGGUGGAGAUGUAAAAAAUGAAAGUGAAGAAAUGGAGCUGGAGGCGGAAAUUGAAAUAAAAAAAGAAAAGAAUGAUAAAGGUGAGAAACAAAGAAAUAAAUUUUCCAAUAAAGUUUCUAGGAAAAAUGUUAAAGAUGAAGAAAAGGCGGAAGUUGAAGAGAAGGUUGAGAUGAAGAAGAAAGCAAAGAAAGAAAAAAUAAGCGAUAAGAGUGCAGCAAAUUUAAAGAAUAAAAUAAAAAUAAAGCAAGAAAUGAAAAAAAAGAAAAUAAUGAAAAAUGUAUAA